AUGGACCGACUCGUCAAUUUCCCGGUUUGCCGAGAACUGAUCGGGCCGCUAUCGACUUCAUUCUUAAACACACCCGUGUUGGCGAACAAGUGGCCCCCGGUACUCCCUUUUCACGUCCAAAACCUCCUUGGCGCUUCGUUCCAAGAUAGAAAUGUGCAAGUUAAUUCGAAAAUUCCAGCCCCAUUGUCAACUUCAACGUCCAGUGAUGCGGACAGUUGUAAGCUGGAUGAUAUGCUUUUGGAACACGAAACAACUAGCGAGCGGGAAAUUGAGGAAUCAUCGGAUAUCGAGAAGAUAGAGAGGGAUAACGAUGAUACGCAAUCACUUGACCGAGCAGCAUCAGCCGCGAAGAGACGGGUGCUUUGCGAAAUUUGCAACAAAACGUUUUGUGACAAGGGUGCCCUAAAAAUCCACACAUCCGCAGUGCACCUGAAAGAAAUGCACCGGUGUACGGUACCGGGAUGCGGGAAGGAAUUUAGCAGCCGGCGGAGUCGAAAUCGCCACUCCAUGAACACCAACCCCAAACUCCACAUCUCCGACUCCUCAGCCCUUGCGGCCACGGAAAGCGGGGCAUUCUCCAAAUUCCACCGCCUACAGUACCUCCCUCAUUUGUCCGCCCGGCCGCCUAUGCCUUUUGUAUUGCCCUCCACAUCACAAAUCGUCUUUCAACGGAUGCCGGAAACUGCGGAAUCUAGGUUGCAGAAUUUAGAAGGUGGUGUUUCAGAGAAAUCCGGGCUUUCUGAGCAAGCACCACGGAAACGAAAGGCUCCAGCGAAAUUUGAACGGGCUGAGCUUCAACUGCAAAGCUUGCAAAAGCCCUUUGCCUUAAACUCAUUGGCCAAUGCAAAUCCUGGAAUGCAUCUACUACUCCUCCAGCAACUAUUACAGAAUUCACAACAUUUCACCCAUCCAAUGCUGGGCUUAUUAGCGAAAAAA